AUGUUUUCGGCUCCUUCAUCGGUGACUCCGGUGAUUCAUCCGGAGCUAAAAGAGACAGAACCACAGUGGUACACCUCUUCUACUCAUCCAGCCCACCGAUCCGGAAAGAAAACGAAAGUUGACGUUCCGGUUAGUACAUCAGUCGUAUCAAAUUAUACAGUUCAUUCCGUUCCAGAUAAUUCUCCAUCGGAACAUCGAAUAGUGUCAGCUGAUACUAUCGACACCAAUGCCAUUUCCCGCUGCCCUCUAACUCGAGUAUCGUCAUCAGCUCCAAGCGCUUCCGUUGAAACCAAUGCCUCCAUCAACGCCGCCCAGACUAUAGCACCAGCCAAACCUCCUCCAACCACUAGUUCAACUACGAACGCCCAUACAACGCUCGCCACUCCCAACGCCACCACUCAGCUCGCCACUGAUCAAUGCACUCAGACCCAGUCCGGUGCCAUUCCCAAGCCUCAACGACUCAUGUCUCAUCUCAAGCCUACCAAGCAAUCCGUCGCCUGUCAAACUUCCGCAGUUUCAUCAACGAACCAUGUUCCGAAGAACCAGUCUACCACUCCAAUAUCAUCAAACACAGUGGAUAUCGCCUGUCAAGCUCCUGCUGUCACCAAUAUCGCUGCUGCCUCAGGAAAUCAAAGACCAGAAAUCCUGAUUUCGCAAACUCCUACAAUAGAUACUCGUGACAGUGAUAAUAUUAAG